ACGGAGGGAUGGAAUCCGUAUGUAAAUCAUCUUAACCUCCCUCCAGAACCUCGGCUCCCGUUUCUCUUUCUUCUCUUCACGGCAGGAAUCGUUUUCAGUCGCUGCCGCCUGGAAUCUGUGUGUGUGUGUGUGAGUGUGUAAGAGGGGGAUUUCUUGCCUGCCUUGACCCCGAGCAACCAUGGUCAAAGCAGAAGAUGCCCGAGAGGGCCGUCUCCGUGACGACGAGCCCAGCCCGCCGAAACCCACGCGGGGAGAGGUGGCGCUCAGUUUCAUAACGAGGACCAAAGUUCACGGUUUGAAGUUCGUUUUCUCCCCGGACAAGUCCAAACCUCAGCGGGUCGUCUGGGUCACGGCCUUCUGCCUGUGCGUGGGUCUCCUGUGCACCUGGUCCUGGAACCGGAUCUUCUACCUGAUGUCCUACCCCGCCGUCACCAAGAUCUACAUGGUGUGGGCUCACAACAUGUCCUUCCCCGCCGUCACUUUCUGCAACCAGAACGCGUUCCGCGUGUCCUCGCUCACCAAGGAGGACCUGUACCACAUCGGCUACUGGAUGGACCUCAUGCACGCCAACCGCACCGCGAUGGAGGGAAGCGUCUCCAUCCUCAGGGACGGCCACAAGCAGGGGCUCCUGGGCCUGCUGGACUUGGACAGCCACGCGCCGCCCCCCGACCACGGCGCCAACACCACGGAGAUGAUGGGACGCCUCGGCCACCAGCUGGAGGAGAUGCUGCUGGAGUGCAGGUUCCGAGGGGAAAGCUGCACCCACAGAAACUUCAGCACCAUUUACACGCGCUACGGAAAAUGCUACACGUUCAACUCCGGCCUGGACGGAAACCCCUUGCUGACCACGCUGAAAGGCGGCACGGGCAACGGGCUGGAGAUCAUGCUGGACAUCCAGCAGGACGAGUACCUGCCGGUGUGGGGAGAGACAGAUGAGACGUCCUAUGAGGCCGGCAUAAAGGUGCAGCUUCACGCUCAGUCAGAGCCCCCGUUCCUCCACCAGCUGGGCUUCGCCGUCGCCCCCGGCUUCCAAACGUUCGUCUGCAGCCAGGAGCAGAGGCUUCAUAACUAGCCGCCGCCGUGGGGGGACUGUAAAGUCCACGCCCAUAGACUCGGAGUAACUCUUCACGUAAAGAUCACCGCCUGCCGCAUCGACUGUGAGACGCGCUACCUGCUGGAGAACUGCAACUGCAGAAUGGUCCACAUGCCCGGGACCUCGACCGUUUGCACACCUGAGCAGUACAAAGACUGUGCAGACCCGGCUUUAGACUUUUUGGUAGAGAAAGACAACGACUACUGCGUCUGUCAGACCCCCUGCAACAUGACUCGCUACGGCAAGGAGCUGUCCAUGGUGAAGAUCCCCAGCAAGGCGUCCGCUAAAUAUCUGGCUAAGAAAUUCAACAAAACGGAGCAGUACAUCGGAGAAAACAUACUGGUCAUGGACAUCUUCUUUGAAGCUCUGAAUUAUGAGAAGAUCGAGCAGAAGAAGGCCUAUGAAAUUGCAGGGCUCCUCGGGGACAUCGGAGGUCAGAUGGGGCUGUUUAUUGGAGCCAGUGUCUUAACAAUCCUGGAGAUAUUUGACUACCUAUAUGAGGUGUUUAAGGAUAAAGUAUUGGGAUACUUCAUACGGAAGAAGAGACCACAGCGCUGUCAGAGCGACAAUCUGGAGUUUCCAGAGAACCAAACCAGCCCUGGUGUCACGCCUAAUCAUGCCCCCAGAGCACCUGUGACACCCUCCGGAGUCACUCGGACAGCCUCGGAUUCACGCCGAACAUGUUACCUCGUCACCCGACUUUAGGCAACUUCGAGGAGUUCGCUUGUUGACAACAUAAGGAUGUGGGGGGGG